AUGACCACCGACUUGGACCCAGACGCUGAGCGUUUAAGUGACGGCAUUCGAGGCCGCAACAAGAAGUCGGACACCUUCUCCGAAGUAGAAAGCGGAAACUCUAUCCCCGAUACCAUCUCCAACAGCUCCUUUUCAGCUUCAGCUUCGGAUCCCGAAAUUGACCUGUCCUCCGUCUCCGAGAAGACUGCAACCAAGAAGGACAACAGGACCAAAGCGGCACGCUCCAGUGCAGCUGCUGUCGUCCAUUGGUGCCAGUCGAUGCGUCUACAGUUCGGUGACGGUCUUUUGCUCCAGAUCUUCUUUGUCUACUUGACCCAGGGGAUCCGGAGUACACUUUGCUCCCUUGGCACGAGUUACUAUCUGAACGAGACAAUGGCAUUACCGCCUGCCCAGUCCGAGUCCUUACGUGCCACUGCUGCAAUUCCGUGGAUCAUUAAACCGCUCUAUGGUCUACUAUCAGACAGCGUGCCGAUCUGGGGAACCCGUCGCAAGUCCUAUCUCCUCAUCUUCAGCGCCAUCUCAGCUGCUGCUUACUUUGCUCUCUCUGUGCCUGGACUCAUUACGACGUACGAGAGCGCGUUGGCUGCGCUCGUAGUUGCAAGUCUUGGUAUCGCGUUUUGCGACGUGGUCAUUGAUGGAAAAGUCGUGGAAGCAGCACGCAGUGAGCGGGAGGACAUGGCCGGGAACUUGCAGACGCUGUCGUGGAUCUCGCUCUCGAUCGGGUCGGUCUUGGGCUCAAUGGUUGCAGCCUACGCGCUCAAUAGCUUUGGGCCACUCGGGGUCUUCUUCAUAACGGCCAUGGGUCCGCUGAGCGUGAUGCUGAUCUCCAGUCAAAUUGAAGAGACGACGUACAUGCCGCAAGAAGACUUGGGGUUCCUCCAGACUGUACUAGACCAAUGCCGGGCCCUGGCAUCGGUGGUAGUCGACCCUAUCUGCUGGCGUCCCAUGCUCUGGAUUUUCCUGUCCAAUGCGUUGCCCCCUAGUGUCGGUGAAGCCAUGUUCACAUUCAAGACAGCCGAGUUGGGCUUUUCCAAAUCGUUUCUAGGCUUCAUCUCCACCGCUGGCAGCUUCACGCUCUUAGGCACAACCGCCGUCUACAAUGCCUAUUUCCGUGACAUGCCAUUUCGCCGCAUGUUCUUCCGUAUCCAGCUGGCAUCAGCUUGCGUAUCGCUCGCCGAGUUUGUCCUCGUCUCUCGUGUAAACUUGGAGUUUGGGAUGAGUGACCGGUUUUUCAUCUUUGGCGACGAGAUCCUCUCAGACGUCGUUGCUCGACUGAAGCAUAUGCCUUCGCUCGUCCUGUGUGCCAAGAUAUGUCCGCCAGGUAUCGAGGGCACCAUGUUUGCACUGCUCAUGUCCAUCUACAACUUCUCGUGGUCCGUCGCUUCAUACGGUGGAUCAUGGCUGUGCAGCUACUUGCAGAUCUCCAAGACAAACUUUGCAGGGCUUGCCACUGCGGUGAUCAUCCGCAGCGUGGCAAAAGUUGUGCCGCUCUUGCUGCUCUUCAUGGUACCUGCGACAAUCGGGAUCAGCAGCUCGUCCUCCCUAGCGUCCAACACGAAGGCUACUCGAACCAGAAAACAUAGCGAGAGUGCUAGUGACAGUGCGAGCGACAGUGCCGUCGAGCUCAACAUACAGACGUGA